CCCUUAAAGAAAGUGACCAGUUUUUCCAACUUUUUCUUAAAUCUGCUUUUCACCCACUUCGAUCUAACACACUUCUCUCUCUCUCUCUCUCUCUCUCUCUCACACACACAGACACACACACACACACACACACGAGGAACGGAUGGCGGAGUCCGGCGCACACAUCCUGAUCUUCCCCUAUCCUGCGCAGGGGCACAUGAUACCCCUUCUCGACUUCACUCACCAGCUCGCCGCCCGCGGCCUCACCAUAACCAUUCUCGUCACUCCAAAAAACCUCCCUCAGCUCAGCCCCCUCCUCUCCACCCACCCCCACUCCAUCACCCCUCUCGUCCUCCCCUUACCGGAGCACCCAGCCAUCCCCCCCGGCGUCGAGAAUACUGUCGACCUUCCCGCCAGUGGAUUCCGCUCUAUGAUGUGCGCCUUGGCCGACCUGCACAAUCCUAUCGUCCACUGGUUCCGCAACCACCCCUCGCCGCCGUCCGCCAUCGUCUCCGAUAUGUUCUUGGGGUGGACCCACCACCUCGCCCGCCAGCUCGGUAUCCGCCGCUACGCCUUUUUCCCCUCCGGCGCUUUUGCCAUUUCCUUUAUCUAUUCCUUGUGGCGAGAAAUGCCGCAGAGGAAAAAUUACAGUGAUGACAAUGAGAUGGUUGGGUUUCCUCGGAUUCCGAAUUCCCCAUGUUACCCUUGGUGGCAGCUGUCACCUGUUUUCCGGAGUUACAUCAAAGGAGACCCGAAUUCGGAGUUUAUGAGAGAUUCGUUUCUGGCUAACGGGUCGAGCUACGGGUUGGUUUUCAACUCGUUUGCCGGGUUGGAAGGGGCUCAUUUGAACUAUUUGAAGAAGGAAUUGGGCCAUGAUCGGGUUUGGUCCAUUGGGCCUAUGUUGCCUCCUGAUGAUGUUGCGCCCAACGAGAGAGGUGGGUCCAGCUCCACCUCGAUCAGCGAAAUACGUUCGUGGCUGGAUACGUGUCAAGAUCACAGUGUGGUGUACGUAUGCUUCGGAAGCCAAGCAGUGCUGACUAAUAAGCAAAUGAAGGAGUUGGCUUUAGGGUUGGAGAAGAGUGGAGUCAAAUUCAUCCUAGCGGUCAAGGGUGCAACGAAGGGACACGUGGAGGAAGAUUACGGCUCCAUCCCAUCAGGGUUCAAGGAUCGUGUGGCGGGAAGGGGGCUCGUGAUCAAAGGGUGGGCCCCUCAAGUGUUGAUAUUGAGGCACAGGGCUGUUUGUGCGUUUCUGACACACUGUGGGUGGAACUCGACACUAUAUUGGAUGGGUGCCGAUCAAUUUAUAAACGCGACUCUCUUGGUGGACCAAUUGGAUGUCGCAAUUAGGGUGUGUGAAGGGGCUGAAACCGUGCUUGAUUCAGAUGAUUUAGCGCGAUGCCUAGCUGAAGUCAUGAGCGAGAAGUGGACGAAGAGGAGGGAUCGUGCCGCGGCGUUGGGCAAGGCUGCGAUGGAUGCCGUAAGAGAAGGUGGAAGCUCUUUCAACGAAUUGGGUGAUAUUGUAAUGCAUUUGUCUGAAAAAUGUACAACAUAUUGAACUUGAGAUGCAUCGUGACGAUUUUAUCUUGAUCGGAGGUAACAAGUUGAAGUUGGAUGCAUUUCACUAUGUAUUCAUCAUCUAUGAAGACUAAAGUGAAUAAAGGAGUUUUUGUUUCUCCAUUCUCAUAA